AUGUAUCCAAAAUGAUGUGUCACAUCCAGCAAAGCCAAGCCAUGCAUGUCAAUCUCUUUCUUCCCAUCCCAUGAGAUUCAUUCUCCUCCUAGUAGGUAACUAUGCUUAUAAAUGCCUCCAAACUCCGUGUAGGAAACCACCAUAAUUCACUCCUCUCCAAUCAAAUUUACGUUCCUCCUCCGCCACUGCCACCGCCACCGCCACCUACAAGAAAAAAAAAAAAAAACAAGAAUUGUUAAUAACUUAGGAUGGCAAUUUGGUUCACAAAAUCAAGAACCAUUUCUUAUUAUUUGAAGAGAAAAUUGGGUUUCUUGGGAAUUCUCAACAGAAAUUCUUGUUUGGAAUCUUCACCUCCAUUAAAAAUCCCAGUUUUGGAUAAUAAUUCAACUCCAAAGAUAUUGUUUCAACGCGAUUCAGGCUUCCAUUUACUGUUUCAGCGAUUCAAAUCCACCAAAGCUGCCGGCCAACUUGAUCCCUCGUACUCUAGCGAUGACGAAAAUGGUCAGGCCCUGAAUUUUCCUGGAGGAAAGGUUACAUAUAUUUCUGAAAUGAGAUUUAUUUCUCAAUCUAAUGAAAAGAGAGUACCCUGUUAUAGACUUCUUGAUGACGAUGGAGAGCUAACAGAAAACAACGAUUUUGAUGAGGUAAGUGAAGAAGUUGCAGUAAAAAUGUACAGAGAAAUGGUAACACUUCAGAUGAUGGAUACCAUAUUCUAUGAAGCACAAAGGCAAGGAAGAAUUUCCUUCUAUGUCACAUCUAAUGGUGAAGAAGCAAUAAAUAUAGCAUCAGCAGCUGCACUUGGUCCAGACGAUGUCGUUUUGCCUCAGUAUCGAGAGCCAGGAGUUCUACUGUGGCGUGGUUUUACAUUGGAAGAAUUUACCAACCAAUGCUUUGGAAACAAGGCUGAUUAUGGAAAAGGCAGGCAAAUGCCAAUUCAUUACGGGUCCAAAAAGCACAAUUACUUCACAGUUUCCUCACCUAUAGCUACCCAACUUCCUCAAGCUGUUGGAGUUGCUUAUUCUCUCAAAAUGGAUAAAAAAGAUGCUUGUGCAGUCGCAUAUAUUGGGGAUGGUGGUACUAGUGAGGGAGAUUUUCAUGCUGCUUUGAACUUCGCAGCAGUUAUGGAAGCACCUGUCAUUUUUAUCUGUCGCAACAAUGGCUGGGCAAUCAGUACCCAUAUCUCAGAGCAAUUUCGAAGUGAUGGCAUUGUUGUUAAGGGUCAAGCUUAUGGAAUCCAAAGCAUUAGAGUAGAUGGAAAUGAUGCACUUGCUGUUUACAAAACAAUUUGUGCAGCUCGUGAAAUUGCUAUUAAUGAACAAAGACCUAUCUUAGUAGAGGCGCUCACAUAUAGAGUAGGACACCACUCUACAUCUGAUGAUUCAACUAAGUAUAGGCCAGUCAAUGAAAUUGAAUAUUGGAAAAUGGAGAGAAAUCCUGUGAACAGAUUCAGAAAAUGGGUUGAAAGAAAUGGGUGGUGGAGUGACGCUGAUGAAUCAGAGGUUAGAAGCAGCAUCAGGAAGCAGUUACUGAAGGCAAUUCAAGUGGCAGAGAAAACAGAGAAGCCUCCCUUAGGAGAUUUGUUCGACGAUGUGUAUGAUCUUCCACCAUCAGAUCUUCGCGAACAAGAAAAACAACUCAGAGAAACAAUUAAUAGACAUCCACAUGACUAUCCCUCUGAUGUCCCUCUCUAGAAUUUUGCCUAGCUUAGCUUACAAUAAUUAUUAAUUAAUGGUGCAUUUUUAAAGUUUGAAACUUGAUGUAAAUAAUUUCUGGAAAUAAUGUUCUGUCCCUGAAUUUCAUAGUGACUUCUAAUUUAUCUAAAAUUGAAUUUAUUCGGUGAAAAUGGAUAAUA